AUGUUCGCCAAUCAACCUCGGACCAUCGCUGGACUCGUCCGUGGCGACGUUCAACGUGCUGUGGAGUCCUUGAAGCCUUCUGCACCAGAACGUAACGAUCGCCCGCCUGGAAAGACAGACGCGACACAACCCUCAACAAGCGUCAACCCGGAGGACGCUGACUCAGAUACCAGCUCGUUAUUUAUAGGAGCACCAGUCACCCAACCUGCUCAAGUAAGGAGUGACUCGGGAGAGACUACAACACAAUCACCUGAGCCCGCAAAUCUACUAGCUCAAGCUAUCGAACGGGCACCUCAAAUCACGAAGCUACCGCCUCAAGCCAUCGAACCAGAUCCUGGGGCUAUCAAACCAGCUCCUCAAGGCAUGGCCCCACCUCCUCAGGACAUGAAACCGCCACAUCAAGUAACGGAGCGGUCAGUUCGAGCUACUACCUCACCAGCCUACGACGGCGCCACUCUGGACUUGGAAAUUAGCAUAUUGGAACACAGAUCACGUGCUUCGAAGCUGAAAGCCGACGCCGAGAGGCAUGAAGCGGCCGCGAAAAAGCGUGACGCUGAAGCUGCUGAGCUGGAUUCGAACAUCGACGAGCUGCGCUUGAAACGGCUGGGCCUUGUGAAGUGA